AUGGCCAUGCAUCUUGCUAGUAUGGUUCACGGCAGCGCCAGAGACCGCGAGGGUCAAUAUCAAACCCAACACUCGCAACUCCAACACGCAAACUACUACCAGCCCCAACCGCCUCAACCAAAGAGACAGUACUCGACGCCCACGAGCGCCCCUCAACACUCGCAGGCCCAACCUCACACGCUCGACUACCAGUACCAACGCCACCCGCAAUCACCACCUUCGCCUCCCGUCGAGGACCAGAAACCUUCGCUCCCCUCCAUCUCCAGCUUGUUGCACAUUGCCGACGCCGACAAGGCUACUUCCGAGUCUGGCAACCAAAGCCCCCGCUCCCAGCAGUCUUCUCCCCAGCCCCAGCCUCAAACACACCACCAAGAAAAUCUUUCUCAGUCCUUCCGAUCCACUGGCUCUCCUUCCGCCGCCUCGAAUCAUUCCGCCUCUGGUUCCUACUACCUCGGUCAGCCCUUGAACAGCAUGGAGCCGCACUCCCAGCGCCAGCAUGCCCCCAUCGCCCAAGGAGUCAAACGUGACACCAUGCCCCCACAGUCCAUGUCCCCGUACAACCCCCCGACCUAUGUUCAAUCACCCUACUCUGCGUCGCCUGGAGCCAGCUCCGUCACGUCUUACUACUCGCCCGAGCCGCAAUCCUACCCAAACCUGGGCAUGUACUCACAGCGACCCCUUCCUUCCAACUUCCAACCCCAAACCAUGCCUUUGCCUCUGCCUUCCCCGUCCGCCAACGGCUCAAACCCUUGGCAGCACCACCACUACAUCAGCGCCUCGAGUCAGUCCGCAUUCCCGCAAUCCCAGGAUCGCUACAUCUGCUCCACCUGCAACAAGGCCUUCUCUCGCCCUAGCAGCCUGCGCAUCCACAGUCACAGCCACACGGGUGAAAAGCCAUACAAGUGCCCCCAGCCCGGCUGCGGCAAGGCCUUUAGUGUUCGAAGCAACAUGAAACGACACGAGCGGGGCUGUCACGCAUCAUCGGGCGCUACCAUGACUGCAUAA